UGUUCACAUAACAAGUCAACAUGAAGUUCGCUUCUGUUGCAUUAUUUUUGGCGCUUAUUGCGUUUGCUUAUGCUAGAGAACUUCAAUUGGCCGAACCAUGCGAUGAAGAUAUCUGUAAAGCGCCAAUGUGCAGAUGUUCUUCUGUCAAUAUUCCAGGAGGAUUAGCACCGAGGGAUACUCCUCAGUUUGUCACUUUAACAUUUGACGAUGCGGUCACCGUCAGCAAUAUAGCAACAUACAGAUCACUUCUGUACAAUCGAAAAAAUAAAAAUAAUUGUCCCAUUGGGACUACAUUUUUCGUAACACAUGAAUACACUGAUUAUACUAUAGUCAAUGAAUUAUACAACAGAGGUUUCGAGAUCGCUCUGCACUCGAUAUCCCAUAAAGCUGACCAAGAAUACUGGAGAGACGCUUCAUAUGAACGACUCAUGCGGGAAAUCGGUGAUCAGAAACAUCAAGUCGCACAUUUCGCAAACAUACCUAUUAAUUCUAUUCAUGGAUUACGGAGUCCGUUCCUUCAAAUGUCUGGUAAUACGACUUACCAAAUGAUGGCAAGCGCUGAUCUUACUUACGAUUUGAGUUGGCCCACUAUCAAAUAUACUAAUCCUGGUCUUUGGCCAUAUACUCUCCAUUACCAAUCUAUUCAAGACUGUAUCAUCCCUCCUUGCCCCACCGCUUCUCUUCCUGGUACUUGGAUCAUUCCCAUGAUAUCGUGGUCUGACUUAGAAGGAGGGCCUUGCUCAAUGGUAGACACUUGUUACUACAAUCCAGGCCCAGAUAAUGAAGAGGGAUGGUUUAACCUCAUUCUUAAAAACUUCGAAAGACAUUAUCUCAAUAAUCGAGCUCCAUUUGGGUUUUUCAUCCACGAAUGGUACGUUAGGAUAAACCCUGGGCUUGGAAGAGCAUUAACUCGCUUUUUGGACAUGAUCAACAACCUAAAUGACGUUUUUAUGGUAAAUGCCAAUGAAGUCAUCAACUGGGUGCAAAACCCCAUCACUGUCGAUCAAUAUGCUAAAAGACAAUGUAAAAGCUGGACUCCUAGUCAGUGCAGACAAACAGCCUGCAAUGGAAUUACAGGCAAUCAUACAGAGAAAAUCUACUACAUGCGUGUCUGCAGGAACUGUCCAAGAGUGUACCCUUGGCUCAACAACCCCCUUGGAGAAUAACAUUUGUAAAAUAUAAGUUUUUGUAUUAAAGGUUAAGUAUUAAAG